AUUUCACGCCACGUGUAUCUGCCUCUGGUAAUCUAUGAGUAGUCGGUCUUCUGGGAUUACAUGCACACAGGCUUCCUUGCAAGAGAGCGUGCUGCUGCUUGUCUCGAGAUCAAAACUUGGUGGCUGAGACAUACAUGGUGCCUAGUGGACAUGCAACUCCCUCUUGUUCUGAUCCAAGCGCAAUCUCCUUGCCUUGCACGAACCUAGAGUACUCUGUCUGGUGUGAGAUUCUAUCUGCUCCUGAUCAACUGGCCGGAGCCCAUACCUGGAGUACAAUCUUCACUGAAGGUACCAAUCCAUGACCCCAAGUCUGAAGCCAACCCAUUUGUCCUUUACUGUUGUGUUCUUUACCGUUGCCAGUCCCCAGGACUGGAUUCUCGGGAGCCGCCAGAUGAUCCAAUCAUCGAGGACCAUUCUCUUCCUAUUUCUUUUGGCCAUUGUACUCGACAAGCAUGCGAUCCAAGUCUCUGCCAGGAGCCUGCACGACAAUUCACCCGACUGUGAUUGCUAUGUCACCAGUGGCCGUUCGCCUGCUUUCUUCGAAUAUCAUCGCUUCUACGACUUCCGAGAUAUUGCCGGCGACAGCGUCUAUGAUCAUGAACCUGCUAACGUUACAAACUCUCAGUCUAAUGGCGAUGAACCUGGCCAGCAAGGAUACCUCAACUCUAGCACAUUCGCCAAGGACUGGAAAAUCCAGACCUGGGGCCAUGAGCGCGAAGGACCAGACUAUCCAGUGACUGUGCAAAACUCACCUCAAAACGUCUUCAUCCAACGUGAUCUCCUGGAGUCAUCCACGUCACAUCUCACACUGCGUGCCUACCGUGCCGAGGACUUUACUUCCACCGCCGAACUCGAAGGCCUGCAACGAAAUGUCCUCCACGCUUCUGUACGCUUCCGUGCUCGCGUCCGUGGUGCUACUGGUGUCGUCGCUGGCAUGUUCACCUACCUGAAUGACAGCCAGGAGUCCGACAUUGAGAUUUUAACCCGGGACCCACCCAAUCAUAUCCGAUAUACCAACCAACCAUCAGUUGGUAGCGAUGGAUAUGAUGUGCCAGGAGCCAGCACCGAGCUUGACCUUCCAGCCCCGAUUGUCUGGUCGGAAUGGGUCACCCAUCGGCUGGAUUGGAGGCCACAAAUGAGCUCUUGGUAUGCUGACGGUCAAUGGCUCUUGGACAAGGAGUAUGGGGUCCCAUACCUACCCAGCUAUCUUGUACUUAACCUAUGGAGCAAUGGUGGUGAUUGGUCUGGUAACAUGAGCCUUGGAUCUGCAGCUUAUCUCGACAUCCAGUGGAUUGACAUGGUUUUCAAUAAAUCAGGACCAGCUGACGGCUACAAACUGGAAGGUAUUGACAAGUUUCGACGCAACGUCAAUUUUGUUGCAAAGCGAGAAAGCCACUGCCAUCGUGUCUGUGCUGUGGAUGACAUCCCCGCGGCAGGAUUCCCUGUUCUGGUUUCCCAGGCGGCCUCAACGAUGAGAAAGACCGAAUGGAUGUCCAUGUAUGCUCUGGGGCUGGGGCUGGCCCUUGCAAGUACGUUUUGAUGACGUGGGGAGGGUACGAGACAAUAAUGGGCAGUGCUUUAUACGGACUGUGCAGGGACUGCAGGACAACCAAUUAGCAUGAGCGACAGAGGGUGUAUAGAUUGGUAUAGGAUACAUGGACAACUUAUACUAUACUUUGGGGGGG